UUUCUACUGUCCGCAUGUAGACCCUCCUCCACACUGAUUUGAGAGGCAAAGCUCAGACAUGUUUCAAACCUCACAACUUGCCGUUUAUUUCUUUAGUCAUUUGUGUUUAUGUUAAUGGUUCAAAGUAGCAGGUUGUUUGGAAGGUUCACAGUUCGGUCGUGUCGCGUGUCCGCCGCGGGUUCAUGCAGGAGUCUGAGAGAGACACGCGCUGAAGCAGCAGCUCCUCUUUGUCAUGGACUUCCCACCAAGCAAGAGACUGAAAAGCCAUCAGGUCACAGCUGAGCCCGACCCGUUUGACGAUGACAUCGAUUUCACGCAGGAUGACCUGGAGCAGAUUGACAUCAUCGCGUCCCAGGCCAUCACCGGAGAUGGCCAGAACAGCGGGUCGAAGAGGCCGUUCGGUUCGGUGUUCACGUCCGCUGAUGAGCGAAGAGAAGCACCUGUGAGAUCCGGACGGAAAACAUUCGCCAUCGGAGACGGCAGCAGCAGCAUCAACACCUGUAACAACAGAGAACCUCACAGAAAAGAUGCGUUGGAUGGGCAUUCCAGUAAAGAUGGAGAAGACCUGCACUUCAAGCAGUUAGAGCAACAGCAAGCAGACCUGAAGAAAAAGCUGAAGGAGGUAGAGGAGGAGAUCCUGAUGAAGAACGGAGAGAUCCGAGUCUUGCGGGACUCCCUGAAACUGGCCAAUCAGGAGAAGGAGCAGCAGCGGCAGACCCAGCUCGCCCUGGAGAAGGAGAAAGCUGACGCUCAGAGCGAACGCGAGAAGGAGCUGUCCAGGAAGGUGCAGUCGCUGCAGUCAGAGUUGCACUUUAAAGAAGCCGAGAUGAAUGAAAUGAGAGGGAAACUUCAGAGCAUCGAGCGCGGAGGAAAGCAGCCCGCCACUCCUGCACGAAACAUUCUUCAGUCUCCUGCGAGUCGAGUGUUCAUGACUAAAGAAACGUUUGCAGCCGAAUUCUCCAAGAAAACAUCUCCUGUCCAAAAAGCCAUUUUGAUAGAGGAUGGUGAACCAGCUCAGUCCAAACGUUCCCUCACAGAAGAGCCACGAUCGGAGCAGGAGGGGUGUGUGUUACUGAACCUGCUGCUGCAGCAGCCGCUGGAUCCCAGCUCUUUGGGUCUGUGUCACCUGCUGUCCAUCAGUCCUGACGCUCUGCCAAACGUCCUGUCACAGCACGGCUACGUCAGCCCGGGAUCGUUGACCACUUCCAGCUCGUCCUCCACAGAGUUCAGAUCUUUUCAUCGUCCUCAAUCUCGAUUUCACCAGCUGCAAAAUCUGGCCAUGUCCGCUCUGACCGCAUUAGCUCUCCAUGGCCCCGACAGUGUCCCACAGAACCCAGACGCUGCUCUCCAGCGCACCCGGCGCUCCUGUCCCGCCGCGGCGCACUUCCUCCCCCUGCUCAGCUUCCACAUCAGCACAUACUGUCAGUCUCUGGAGACGGUGGAGAGCUCGGCCAAGUCCUCGCUCCACAGCAGCUCACUGUCCGGCUCGUCUGACUGCAGCCUGGCCUCGAGUCUGGAGGAGUCUCUCAGCGGUCAGGAGGAGUUCGCCCUGGCCGCUCUCAAAGCGCUCUAUCACAUAGUGUGCUACAGCAGCGAGGCUCUGGACGUGCUCCUGUGCCCUCAGGAGGACGUGAAGCAGCCGCAGGGAUCGAGAACGCUCCUCAGCGCCUCUGAACAUCUGAACGGGGACCCGCAGACCCCGCUGUCUCUGCUCAGGAGGGUCCUACAGCUGGCAGAUCCUGCGUUCAUUACGGCCGCGGGCCAGAGGGAGGCGCUGGUGAGCACGUGUUUGAAGACCCUCAGUGUUCUGGCCGAGAGAGCGCGGGACCACCAGCUCUCCAGACUCCAGGUGGUGAUGUCGAGUCAAGUGUUGCCUAAAUGUCUGACUCCGGAGACGUCGUUCAGAAUAGUGCGUCUGUCUGUGAGAUGUCUGUCGUUUCUCAUCUACAAUGAAGACAUGGCUGCUAAACUCUGCUCACACGAAUAUCCGUGUCCUUUUCUCAAAAUGUUCCAGUACGUCACAUCUAGACCGGACAGAUCCGCUUCUGAGGACGUGUGGAGUCGCUUAGAACUGGAGGUCAUCCGGUUGUUAACCAAACUGUUCACACAGAAGACCGGGACAUGGGCGGCGUUGUGUGAAUCCUCCUGCCAGUGUGUAAAUGAGGUGGUGCGGACGGUCGUUGUGGUUCUACACAGACAAUGGCUGAAGACAAAAGGCAGAGGAAGUCAAACAGUGGGUGGUCGGAGCUGGAGGUGUCCUGGGUUGCAGGUACUGCGAGAAGCUCUGAUGUUACUGCACUGGCUGCUGAUGAAGGACUCGUCGUUUUCCGAACACUGUCUGGAAGUCCUGCACAUGUACGAUCAGGUCGUUCCCGCCAUCAGAGACACGUUCCGGCUGGUCCCAGAUCUGUCCGAGAGCGAAGAACUGGCUCUGGAGGAGAUCUGCCGAUCGGAAACGGAGUACGUUGAAGACAUGGAUAUGGAAACCGGGUCGUGAUGAGCAAACAUGAAGUCAAGUUUUGUAACUAAUGAUAUUUAGUGCAUAUCUUGAAAUUUGUCUGCUCAGAAACAUUCCGUGUGUCCUCAGAUUUCGUCAUACUUUUAAAAGACUGUGAGCACCAAUGAUCCGAAUUAAAGAAUUAAUUCUA